AUGAUUAGGCCACACGAGCAGAGCGAUUGUUUCCGACGUCUUCAGGAACUGCGUUUCCCUAAACUUCCGUGCCUACACGUCGGUCCACCCACACGCAAUAUCUUCUUCCCACUUGAAGUAUGUGAGAUGGACACACCACAGAAAUACAAUAAAAAGCUAAGUGAAAAGCAGACAAGCUCAAUUAUCAGAGCUGCUGCAGUAGAUGCAUCACAAAGAGAAGAGCGCAUCGCGCAACUCUGCCAACAGGCUGGCUUCGACCGUGACCCUUUCCUCAAAGAGUUCGGUCUGUCGGUUUCAUCUCGGAUGUUCGAGACCAUGGCGAGGGUUAUCCAGCCACCUCAAAUCAUGUUUGGCGACAAUUCAAAAAUGGUGGUAGGUCUCAUGUUUAAUUUCAAGCCUCUUACCUUUACCGUCAAAGAAUCAUCAGAUGCUCACCAUACCUUCGCUAACACUCCUUUGAAGGACCCCAUCGUUCACCCAAAGGACGGAGCAUGGUCCAUGGACAAUCAAACAUUGUAUCUGCCAGCAACCUGUGGCAGCUAUUCGAUGAUUGCACUGGUGAAUCCCAGGGACCAGAAUUUGCUGCAAGGGUUCUGCCAAGCACUCUACGCCAAGGCAACGCAAAUGGGUAUGGACUUCCCGAAAUGGCCCGAUCUUGUCAAAUAUGGACGUGGUCGUGACGAUGUCGUCAUGUUGUUCAAUGAGAUCGCCAACGAAUAUAAACAAACAAGCACCAGUUGUGAUCUCGUCAUUGUGGUCCUCCCAGGAAAGAACUCUGAUAUCUACAUGACUGUGAAGGAAAGCUCAGACAUGAUCCACGGCAUAAUGUCACAGUGCGUGCUCAUGAAGAACGUCCAACGCCCAUCGCCCGCCACUUGCUCAAAUAUUAUUCUGAAAGUAAGUGCAGUCUACGGGACCACAAAGAAAAAAUUCGAAACAGCGUCCUGA